AAAAACUAGAAAAACUCUACUUCUUACAUCAAAAACAAAUAAAACAAAAUUACAAACAAUUUUUCGUGUGAAGUUUUCAACAUUUUGUUUUUAAACAUUUUCAAAAUUAUCUUCUCGAAUCAUGAACUAAAUUUUCCGAUAAAAAAAAUCAAUUUGAAAAAAAACAAGAAACAAAAUGGAAGCCAGUGCAAGCAUUAACAAUCUAGUUCAGCAAAUUUCAAGAACAAUGCUUCUCAAUGGAACUGCCGCUACUCGAUUGUUCAACAGCAUUACAACUGCAAAUAUAAGAGCAAUUAAGUCUGAAGACUCACUCAUGAGUGUGUGCUCUUCAAAUGAACUGGGCAAUUCUUGCAGAAUAUGUCGCUGGAACCAGCCUGGCCUCCAGAUUCAACGUUGUCCGUGUGAAUGCAAAGGAAGUGUUGGAUAUGUUCAUAUAAAAUGCCUUCGACGAUGGAUUCUCCAUAAGGGAGAAAGUCGGUGUGAAAUUUGUGGGACUAUGUUCAAUCUAAAUACAGAAAACCGAAAUUACAAACUAAUGUUCCGAACAUUCUUCCAAUCGAAAUAUCUCGGGGCUAUUAUUAAAAACUCAGCCCAUGUGGUGAUCUUGGCACCAAUUUCCUAUCUUAUUCUAUAUCAGAAUAUUCUUCAGGUUUUGCUAAUAAUGGAUAAUCUGCAAAUUGAAGAGCACAAUACUUUGCAAAUAGUUUUUCUAGCACCAGCCUUACUCCUUACCUCAAGUCUCUUUGGUAUUGUUUUCUUUCACAUCCUUGAGUUUGCGCUGACUAGAUUUUUAAGGAUUAAAAGCAUCCUCAGACAUUGGUGGACAUUUGGUGGUCAGCCGUCAGAUCCUGGCUUGGAUAUGGAUGUGCCAAGUGAUUUUUUUUGAUUUUUCCUAAACUUCUGCGAACCUUUUUGGCGUAAAAUAAAAAAAUUAAUUUAUUUUGGUUACACUGGG